UUUCUGUAACUUUUUCUCAUUAAUCAAUUCAGAUGUGUCAACUUGUGUAUAGCUGACUGUUUCAGGCUUUGCAAUAUUAUGCUCACUUCUGUUUACUUACUUUGAAUUGAACGAACGUUCUUAAUUAGUGCAAGAGUGAGUUUUAAAAUAAGCCUAACAUAAAAAACUAUAGAAAAAAUAGGUAUUGGAUCUUUUAUAUGUUGAACUGAUCUAAACAUACCAUUGUUAAGAAUGGACUACAAGGAGCGUUUAAAAAGAUUCACUACUAUAUUAAACUCACCAAAUCCUGUAUCUCUUCCUGGUCUGUGCGGAUUAUGUCUUCAAGGAGUUCCAGAUGAGCAUUCUAUAAGGUCGAAGGCUUGGAUGCUGAUGUUAGAAUACUUGCCGACUGACAAGUCUCAGUGGAAAGAAGUCUUGCGCAGUCAUAGAGAAACAUAUACGUCAUUCAUUCAGGAACUUCUCAUUGACCCGUGGAAAAAACUCAGUUUACAAGAGGAUGCUGAAAUAAUCGAAGCUGAAGAUCAUCCUUUAAACACGAAUAAAGAUUCAAAAUGGAAGCAGUAUUUUGAAGAUAAUCAUACAUUGGAACAGAUUGACAAAGACAUCCGAAGAACUUUACCAGCUCUUUCUUUUUUUCAAGGAAAAUCAGAUGAUGCCGUGAGUUUUUCUGUUUCCUCUGCCGCAGAAGAUCAAAUUGAGGACUCUGUAACCACCCCACCUUCUAAUCAUAGCGAGUCCUCAAUUCAGGACAUUUCUUUUCGAAAUAAAGAAGAAUUUUCUCAUUUUCUUGAGGACUCACAUCGCUCUUUACAAUCCAGGAUUUAUCAACUGGACGAUGAGUCUCCUACUUCCUCUAGUAUUUUAUCCAAUAAACCGAGAAAAAGCCUAGAAAAUACAUCUCAAGAAACCACUGAGGAUGAGUUGGGUAUCCAUCGUGAAGCUACUGAACGAAUUUUAUUUAUUUAUGCUAAACUAAAUCCCGGAAUUGGGUAUGUCCAAGGCAUGAACGAACUGCUCGCUCCUUUAUAUUAUGUAUUAGCAACAGACCCUACUUAUGAAAAUCGAUUCUAUUGCGAGUGUGACUCAUUUUUUUUAUUCACAAAGAUGAUGGUUCAUGUUCGCGAUCUUUACGAGAAAACUUUGGAUCAUGACUCCGGUCAUGGUAUUUACUUUCUAAUGUCAAAUUUCACAGACCGUUUACGACAAUACGAUUUUGAAUUAUGGGAGUGUAUGCAAAAGAAAGAAAUUAAUCCCACUUACUAUUCUUUUCGAUGGUAUACUUGUCUUUUCACUCAAGAAUUUCCAUUGCCGGAUGUAAUACGGCUGUGGGACUCUAUUAUUGCUGAUCAGACGCGAGCACGUUUAUUAGGCAAAAAUGAAGAUGGCUUCAACGGUGCAUUCGACUUUGCAAUAGACUUUUGUUGUGCUAUUUUAAUUGAGUUACGAGAGUUUCUUCUUACGUAUAGCUUUGCGGAUUCAAUAAAGCUACUUCAAUCUCAAUUUUCUGCGGAUAUGUCGACACUAUUGAAAGUGACUUUUGAAUUGGAGUCAUUAAGGAAAAACAAAACCGUGGGAAGUGAUAUGUCUUAUAUUUCCAGAAAACCUUUCAAUACAAAUUAUUUGGCUAGCUCAGUGAAAAAUCGAAUGCGAGCAACCUACAACAGCGUCAAAAACAGCAGUUCUCAAAAUGUUAAAUUGCCUAGUAAAGAUCAAGAAGAACCAUCGAGCGACUCUAAAUCCUUUUUCCCCAAUUUUCGAAGUUCCUUGGAUGAAACUCCUCCAAAUCCAUUUUUUAAGAUAAAUAAGAAUGUUCGAACUAUAUUUGCUCAACCGAAGACACCAAAUCAUCAAGAUUCAGAGGGAGGAUGGUUAUCUCUAAAAAAUAAGGGUAGUAACCUGUUCAACAAAGUAGGAAACAUUGUUAGUGAUGCUGUUCGCUAUGCAACGGAAGAAGAGGAUUUUAGUGAAGAAGAAGAUUUUACUGAUACCAGUCGUAAGAUCGGUGAGUCAGGCAGACGGAAAACCGUGUCUCGCAGAAACGUAAUUUAACGCAUCGAAAGUAUGACUGGAUUUUCCUUUAAGAAAAUGGACGAAAAAGCUUUGUUGGUGAAGGCAUUUUUAUGGGCGAUGAAGACCUAGAAGAUUUUAGUUUAGUCGGAGAGGUAUUAAUAGGAGUCAGUGCUCGUUCCAUUUCUAUGGGAGGUGUAACAGAACGUUCAAGGUUCCCGAAUAAUUGCCUGAACUCUUGUAUUAAAUCUACAACUAAUGAAAUGGGAUGCGUAUCCUCAAUUGAAAUUUGGUUCACAUUUUUGGGAGGCCUUAAUAUACCUAAAAGCAUUAGAUUCAGAUUCAUCAAAUAUAACUUACAUGGAGAGAUUAUUUUGGCAAUUUUGUAUAGAUGAUCUUUAGAGAACUGAGCAGAAUCAGCGAAAAAAUGAAAGUGAGAUAUAAUGUCUUCCAGCGUUCUUAGUGGAGUACUAUGGAGGUGCAGUAAACAUUGGCGAAUAGAGUAAACGCGAUGUUCUAUAUCUUUGUCUUCCGUGUAAGUUAAAUAAAGAGCAUUGAAAUAGUCAUAAAAACUGGAACGGAUAAGAGAAUCGGACAUUUCCAGUAAACAUAGUUUUAAUGAAAAAGCAAUAAUAUGCAAAGGAUAUUUUUCCAAUACUGGAACAAGAUCGGUGGUUGCAUUGAGCAAUAUUGACUUCAAUUCGUAGGCAUUCCUUAGCGGUACCUCUUUCGUCCAAACCGUGUAUAGAGCUAUUUUAUUAGUACUAAAAACCUUCAUGAUAAUGCAUACCA